UUCGUAUAUGUCUAUGAUUAAAACUUCUGAAUCAGUGUUAGGGCCUAUACAACAUUGCGUUGCUGUGUAGGCCCUUACAGUGAAAAAGAUCGCGAUCUUUAUAUACUACUUGAAUGGCUUAUUUAACGCAACCCGAACAUGUACAGUACAUGUGCAGCUGUGGAUCUCUGAAGUCUAUUGCAAAGAUUUAUUUUUGUAGACAUUGUUUGAGUAUUCGUUGUGGCGACUGUGUCUGUCAUGAGGUGGAUUCUUAUUAUUGUCCUAACUGUUUAGAAAUUCUUCCACCCACAGAGGUUCGAUUUAAGAAAAAUAAGUGUGCUAACUGUUUCGACUGCCCAUGCUGCUCUCAAACAUUGUCGAUACGAUCAGGCCAAGCAAUUAUGAAACCAGCACAGCUAAUUGGCAGUGAUGAUUCUAAGCUAGUAACAAAAAAAGUAUAUUACUUAAGCUGUUCUUUGUGUAGAUGGAGUUCUCGUGAUACUGGCAUGCCAGAUCAAACUGUUGCAACCGGCAGUUGGCAAGAACAGCAAAACCCAUACUCAAAUAGAGUUACAGAACUCAUCAACUUUUACAAAAUACUAGCAUCUGUUGAAAAGCAGCAAAAGGAGCGAAAAAAGUUUCAGGCAAAACCCAUAUUUUUACAGUUUGAAAAAUUUGGUAUUACGUCAGUAAUGGCUCGCAAACGUGCUAGCAAAUCGCCUUUGACACAACCACCAAAGCAAACGACUGAUCAACCCAAACCGUCAAAAGCUAGUGAAGAAAUAGAAGAGCUCCCAGAAAAUAUCUUUACUAAUUCUGUUGAUAUUACUAAAGUUACCAACAUUUGUCAGAGAUUAAUGCAUCCUGAAUUACAAGUUGAAAAUACAAAUGAGCUUAGACCUCAACGGAAGCAACUCAUCGUUAAAAGAUCACAACGUUGUAGAAUUUGCGAACAUAAUGUUAGUAAACCAGACUUUUGUCCUACAUCAACGAAAUUCAAAAUACAACUGGCGGCUUUCUAUCAUAUACCAGAAAUAUGCAUUGUUACAUGUGAACCUUUGUGUCUUGGAAAAUCUAGUGAAUUACUUUUGAAGUUAAGUAAUCCCACACAACAUCAAACCCAAAUAAUACUUCUAUCAUUGGAUAGCCCCAUGACACCUACAACGUCUGUACAAGGAGUAAAAGAGGAAAUAAGCCGAGAGAACCUACAAAUGGGUUGUGAUUCACCUAAUUUACUACCUUCUGCUGUACGUCAAGCAGCUGUUACUGAGGAACUGCGACCGGUCACCAUAAUUUCUAGUGGUGAUGUCAUAUUGCCAGCCAGCUCUUUAACAUUACCUGCUCGGGAUGAUGCUGCUGAGUACGAUGAUCUUAGCGAUACUUACAAUUUUCCAGAUGACCCAAAACUGGUUAUAUGGAGGAAAGGUAACCAAGCUAUUAUUCGCUUACAUGUUUUGCCUUGUAUAAAUGAAAACAUAGCUAAAGAAAACAAACUCGUAGUUAUCGGUUUUGUUAUGCAGUAUGGCUAUGUCAAUACAAUCGCAACCUUAGAACACAAGGCGCCUCAGAAAUUAGAUAUGAAAGUUAAAAUAUUUUUAACUCUUGGAAAUUUGGUUGGCUCAGUGUAAACUAUUCAAAGUAUUUAUUUAAUUUGUUAAACAUUAAGAACUAUGUUUUUCUUAAAACACCGAAAUCAACGAAUUUUCUUAUUUCUCCUAUAUGAAUCUAAUACAAAUGCAAAGUCAUUCUCUCUGUACGUUCUUGUAUUCACUAGUUUAUUAACAUGAGAAAUAACAAUUGUACUUUCAGUUUAAUACAAUGUACUCGCUUUCAACCAAUUGGGAUGUACCCUUAGAUUUCCCAUUUAAGUACGUUUAUUGGCGUUCGUAAAAAUUACAUAUAGCCAUGUGUAAUACAUAUAUUGGAUUUACAUUAAUUAUUACCGAGUUAACGCUUAAUUGACAUUUGUCUUUUAACA